CAGGCGGCGGCAUCCUCUGCCUGUGGGGAUGGCUUUACAAGGAGCAUCUGCAGUGCUGGGACCCCAUGUGGCCACGGACCCAGGAGCCUCCCUGUCUGCUUUCAUGGCACGGCCCUUCCCCGCACCCACGGCCGGCGCCCCUCACCGGCCACUCUGGGGGCAGCACCCGCCGCCCCUCAUGACCCCGCCAUUCCCUUCUGGUGGCCCCCUGGUGCUGCCAGCUUUCUCCAGGACUCCGCUGGUGGCAGGAGAGGCUGGCCUUGGCCCCAAUGGGACUGGGACCUGCAAUGUCAUUGUGCAGGUCCGGUCAGAACAGGGGUGCUCAGUGACCCCCCAGACUCAGACCAUCGUCCUCACUCAGGCCCCCCUCAGCUGGAGUGGUCCAGGGGCCCUCUGUGGGGGUGCUGCGUGUCCCGCACCCCUCUUUGUGACAGCCUCUGCGGUGGAGACCAGCAUGCCUGCCUCGGCCCAUGGGGGCUCCCAGGCUGGCAAGGGAGGCUUGGCCCCAAGCCUUCCACCUCCGGCUCAGCCCCCAGUCGCGCAGCUGACCACCGUCGUGCCCCCAGUCAACGCCAGGCCACAGCCUCACGGAGCUUCCAGGAGCCGGACCACGGCCUCGCCCGAGGACUCCUGUAACCCCAAGAGUGUUUACGAGAACUUCCGGCGCUGGCAGCGCUUCAAGUCGCUGGCCCGGAGGCACCUCCCGCAGAGCCCGGACGCAGAAGCUCUCUCCUGCUUUCUCAUCCCGGUGCUGCGGUCCCUGGCGCGCCUGAAGCCCACGAUGACGCUGGAAGAGGGAGUGUGGCGGGCCGUGCAGGAGUGGCAGAGCAGAAGCAACUUUGACCGCUUGAUCUACUACGAGAUGGCGGGAAAGUUCAUGGAGUUUGAGAUGGAGGAGGAGAUGCAGAUGCAGAAGUUACAGUGGGUGAAGGUGGCCCAGGGCAUGCCUCCCCCAGCACCCCCGAAGCCUGAACGGCGGGGGCCCCCAGCCGCGGAAGCGGGCCCGCAGCCAGCGUGCGUUCCCAGGAAGGCGGGUUCCAGGGCCCAGCCCUCCCGCCAGCAGCCACGCAGACCCCCGCGGCGCCCGGAGAGCAAGGCGCCCAAGGAGAUCCCUCCAGAGGCUGUGAGAGAGUACGUGGACAUCAUGGAGGGGCUGCUGGGGCCUGGCCACUCGGCCCCGGGGGGCCCGGCAGGUGAAUGGGGAGAGGAUGGAAAGGAGCCACAGCAGGAUGAGGCCGCGACCUACCCGGACCCGGGUCUCCUGAGCUACAUUGACGAGCUGUGUUCCCAGGAAGACUUCAUCACCAAGGUGGAGGCAGUCAUCCACCCCUGCUUCCUGGCGGAGCUGCUGUCCUCGGAACCACAGCUGGACCUCCUGGCCCUGGCCGAGAAACUGGAGCAGGAGGAAGGACUCAGCCUUGCAGAGCUGGUGGAGAAACGACUGAUGGCCUUGAAUACGGAGGAGGGUGUGCAGGCACCCCCACGUCUCUGCGCAGCCCGGUCGGGCCCCACUCCUGAGCACGAGACCGGUCCCGGGAAGGGGCUGAGGGGUCAAGGGUGCGCCUACCCUGGACUGGGCCCCAGGGAUGCCCCGGUUCUCAGAGAGGCCCCUCUUGCUAGGGACACUCGAGGGCUGGCAGAUGUGUCCAGUGAGGACGAGGAGGAGCUCCCCAGCCUGGCCUUCCUCCUGGCCUCUCAGCACAGCCUGCUGCCCUGGGGGCUCUCCCAGAGUCCCGCUCCUGCCUCAGUGAUCCCCAGCCCUGGCGCAAAGAGUUUGGUGAAGAAAGGAACUCAUGCCGGCGUCCUCAUCCUGCUGCAGAGAAUCCGCAGGCCACCCCACAGGGGCUCCUGCCUCUCCAGGCAGGCGGCUCUGGAGUGCUCCCCACCCUCCUGCCCCUUCCUGAAGCAGAGGUUUCCUCUUGGUCACACUCCCCAGCGGCUGCCCCUCCCUGUCCAGCUGGGCCUCACAGAGAGGAAGGGGCUCAGGGGCCCAACCAGACCCAAACAGAGGCCGCCCCCGUGCCUGUCACCCCGCCGUGUCCCUGUCCAUGGUGUGCGCCCAGUGGGCGCUUGA